CUUCAUCGAACCAUUUCUUUUCCCGACGUCCAUGACGGUGGAAAGCAAAGUUGAUUAUAGCCUUUACGGUGGUGCAGAGACCACGAAAGAGCCUAAAAAUGCACGUUCACCGCGUCGAACUGUUGUGGUGAGACCUACUGCGCAAGAUGAUGGCAAAUCAUACCCAGGACCACCACCUAAUCCCAAUGAUUUCCUUUGGCUCAUGACAGAGGAGCCUCACAAGUCGCGGCGGACUGCUAUAAUGAAAGCACAUCCAGAGGUCACAAAAUUAAUGGGACACACCCCAGUUACGAAAUACGUUGUCUUCUUUGUCGUGACUCUUCAACUGGCUAUUGCAAUAUAUCUUCAUAAUACCCAUCCCCUCUCAUGGCGCUUCAUUGCUUUGGCAUAUAUCGUGGGAGGGACCGCCAAUCACAACCUUUUUCUUGCUAUCCACGAAAUAUGUCAUAACCUUGCUUUUCGCGGCAUUGCUGCUAACAAGCUACUGUCCACUUUCGCCAAUUUGCCUAUUGGGAUACCCUAUUCGGCGAUGUUCAAAAAAUACCACAUGGAACACCACAGGUACCUGGGAGAAGAUGGUGUUGACACCGACUUGCCGUCGAGACUAGAAUUACUUUGCCUGAACAAUGUCCUUGGCAAAGUUUUCUUUGCGACCUUCCAAAUAUUGUUCUACGCCCUCCGUCCUACCUUCAUUAGAUCACAGACUCUCACUCGUUGGCAUUUCUUUAACUUCGGCGUUCAGCUGAUGUUCAACUAUUUCUUCAUAAUGCGUUUCGGUAUCCUCCCCUACCUAUACCUCAUCUAUAGCAGUUUCUUUGCCGGAAGUUUACAUCCGCUCGCGGGGCAUUUCAUUGCUGAACAUUACCUUUGGGAUGGGCUCCCACAGGAGACAUAUAGCUACUAUGGAUGGCUCAACAUCUUCGCAUAUAAUGUCGGAUACCACAACGAGCAUCACGACUUUCCUUCCGUUGCUUGGACGCGUCUUCCGGCUCUUCGCGCCCUCGCACCCGAAUUUUAUGACACUCUUCCAUCUCACCCAUCUUGGCCCAUGAUCACCAUCAAUUUCAUUCGAGACAAGGAUGUAGGCAUCUUUGCCAGAGCGAAACGAGUGUCCAAAAAGCAUCUGGCAAUGCAGCCAAAGGCCGACGGAAAGGAUAUAGAAAACGAUGAUGCCAAUGUUUUGGACGCGUCAAGUAAAACCUUGUAAUAUACGUGGAAAAUACUAUACCUCUUCGUUUUGAAGAGGACGUUCAGACGAACAAAUACACCUUCCAAGGCAACGGCACGGGUUUGUUUUUUGCCGAGGCCAA